GCCAAGAUAUGACUGUUUCUUCUGGGACAAGGACAAAACCAAAACCAAAACCAAAACCAAAACCUCCUUUUGAGUUUUAACUAAGCAAACCCAGCUUAGAUCCAACCUCUGAAAUCUCCCUAUAUAUACCCCAAUUUCCUCGACCCAACGAUCUCUCAUUCUUUCAUUUCUUGAUCUUCUUCUUGUGCUUAUGUUGUUUGUGUUUGUUUAUCUUCUAAUAAAAUGAGCAAUAUACCCACUUCUCUCACAGAUUCUUCCUUUGCCCUCUUCUCUCUAGCCAUUUCUGCCUCUGACCCUUGGCCUUUCCCUCUUCUUCUCUAAUAUUUCACAACAAAACCCACCUUUUCUUGAUUUUCUUGUUUCUUGAUUCUUGAUUUUCUUGUUUUGUAUUGAUAGUUGUAGAUAUGGGGAGUACUGGAGAUAGAAACAACCAUCACUUGAAUUCCAAUGCUAAUUUGCCACAUCUUCUUCACUUUCAUAAUCAUCAUCAUCAUCACCACGGAGGAAGCAAGAAAGAUUUGAAAGAUAUUCCAAAAGGGUGCUUGGCGAUCUUGGUGGGACAAGGUGAGGAGCAACAGAGGUUUGUUAUCCCUGUGAUUUACAUAAAUCAUCCACUUUUCAUUCAGCUCCUCAAAGAAGCUGAAGAAGAGUAUGGAUUUGAUCAAAAAGGCCCCAUCACUAUUCCUUGUCAUGUCGAGGAGUUUCGCAACGUUCAAGGCAUGAUCGACAGGGAAAACAUCCACCACCACCACCAUCACCAUCUUUUAUGCUUUAGGAUUUGAUGUUUAUCAUGUGAUUGUGUAAAGUUUGCUGUUAAUUCAUCCCUUUAUUCUUCUUUUUUUUUUUUUUAAAUUGUUUGUUAAAUUUUUUCUUUUAAUAUUAUAUUGUAAAUGAUAACGAAGAAUGAUUGAAUGGGAAAAAGAAAAGAAAAGAAAAGAAAAGAUUAUCAUUGUGUUUA